AUGGGCCGCGCUACGCUCCCCGCGCUGGCGCUGCUGCUGCUGGCUGCCGUCCCUGCCGUCCCUGCCGUCCCUGCCGUCCCUGCCGGGGAUGUGCCUCCCGCCUGCGCUAAACUAAAUAGUUUCAACAUCGACAAAGAAUUGCACAAGGGCAGUCUGCGCGAGGGCGGCACGGUGCGGCCCCUGCACCUGUACUGGGGCAGCGCGGCCGGGCGCGCCGCCGCCGCGCUGCUGCUGGUGCUGCUGCGGCACCUGCGCGGCUACGACUCGCUGUGGCUCGUGCCGGGCCCGCUGUCCACCACGCAACUUGCGCGCCUUGUCCCGCAUCAACCUGACCACAGAUACAAAUCAUGGGUGAUAGCUUUGUCAACUGCAUGGGUGCCUGAGCCCGCACAGCCGUGGGAAGAGGGAAAAGGAUCAAAUGGUGGUCUCGCUGGGCCACGCCUGGCCGAGUUUGGUGUGAGCCCCGUGUCUGCGCGGCGCCGCCUGUUCGUGUGGCUCGCUCCACACGUACGAACUUUCAGCGAGUGCAUGACCAUGGAAUGGCCAUUCGAUGUUGACGAAACUACGCGUCUACGUUGUGGUUUCAUCGAUCCAAGAGUUCCACGUGGCAACAGGACACAAGUAGAAGUACUCAGUAUGGACAACAAUGUCACACUGAAUCAGUUACUGGAACGGGCGCACGCCGCUAAAUCUCCGUUGCUAGCACGCGAUGUUAACUACACCGUCUUCUUCGACACACUGAGGACUGCUAAUCACUCAUUUUUAUUCCUGGACUAUGACAUUUGGUCAGGAGAACCAGGUGUACGAGCAAUAGAACCACCUCCUUGCGUGCAUGAAGGUUCUAAAAAUUGUAAUGAAGAACUAGAUACCGCCAUAAGUUUGCGCGUCGCCGAUGUUGAAAAACUACAAGUAUACGCGCCUAUGUUAUUUAAAUUCGUACAUGACUUUGAUCCAAAACCUGAAGCUCUGCGCUACAUCCUCGAAGAAGAAGCACGUGGCACAAAUAUUGAAGCGGCUGCUUGUGCCUGGGUCGAUCGUCACAAAGUACAUUAUUGCAAUCACGACGCCAAAAAGAAAUAUGACAUUAUUAAUUACGAAGUGGCUUUGUAUGUGUGCGUUUAUUCCACAUCAUUAUAUGACCCUUCUUAUGACGAAAUAGCAAAGGAUAUUAUCAAUACUUUCAAUUAUGAAAAAAAUACGAAUAUUUCAAUAAGAAGAUUUUUUGUAAAUUGUUCUGACACAUACAAUAUGAGCAAAAAAUUAACAGACUUGAUGGACACGAUGAUGUCGUACCGCAUGCUGGGCGUGGUGUCCAUGGCAACGGGCAAAGGAGCGUUGGAAGCGUCUACAGUGGCUGCGGCAAAGAACGUACCGCUGCUGUUGGUGGACGUGGUGCCGGACGACAGCAGCGCAGAGGCCGGCGGCACCACAUGGCGGGUGUCGGGCAGUCCGCGCCACCUGGCGCGAGCUCUCGCCCACUUCAUACUGGCCGCGGGCUGGACGCGCCUCGCCGUGCUUUCUGAGGACACAUUGCUAGCUCGCCAGUACAAUGCCGCAGUCAAACUAAACACGACAAUAGUUUCUCACGAGUUUCAAAUUCACACUCACUUAACCGAUAAUGAUACAGACAGUAUAUUAGACGCUCUCCGCACUACAAAUGCACGUGUUAUUUUUAUAAACGCAAUCUUUAAGGCUGCCACCUCAAUACUGAAGGCGGCAGUGAAACGCAACAUGACGUUUUCCAACGGCUUCGUUUGGAUAAUGCGUGACUGGGAACAAAACAAUGAAACCGUGUGCGAUAAUGAGAAACACUUCACAGUAUCAUUUUGGAGCCAUUCUACUUCAAAUAACAUUAUAGUCUCCUAUCCUGACAAGCCUAUAAUCCGUCAAAUGCAUAAAAUUCUCAAGAAAUAUAAAACGUUACCUCGGGCCGCUGCAUUCAUAAAUGCACAUCUCACUCUCGUAAUGGGUUUCAAAGAUCUCAAUCAGCAAUUUAGUGUGAGUCAGGACCUCCGCAGUGCUUAUGUUAUCAGGUCGUUUAAUGAAAGUCUAAUGAAGUCGCCGGUCACAGGUGUUCCUCACCGUCACCCACUGCGCUAUAGGAACCGGGUGCUCGAGGACACGUAUGUGUACAUCGAGGAGUGGUGCGGCGGUCAGGCUACGCGGGGGCUAGCCACGUGGCGCGUCAACAUCACCAGCGGCGCCAUAAGCGAAUGGAACGCCAGUACGACCGCGCGGCUCGUGCUGCCCGACGACAUGCCGCACGACGACGGCACCUCCAGAUGCAGGAUAAGCUCCGGCGACCCUUUCGAGCCCACGUGCUACGAUGCUGUAGUCGCUUGCGUGCUGCUACUGCUGCCGCUGGCGCUUGUCGCGGUGCUGCUAGCGCGUCGACGGCUAGCGCGUCUAGCGCACGAGCAACAAAUCCGUGCCAUCGCUCGGCGUCAGCGCGUGGCCACGGUACUGGCCGAUUAUCUGGUGGAGCGCGACACGCUGGAGCUGCACUCGGAACUCGGAGCAGGACGAUUCGGAAGCGUCCGCUUAGCACGGUUAUGCAGACCUGGACGCAAUCCACGAUAUGUUGCCGCGAAAGCUCUGCGGGACAACGCCGCGCCCGCUGAUGAAAGUGAAUUCUUACGUGAAGCUUGUAUGAUUGCUUCUCUCGACCACGCGCAUAUUGUUCGCCUGGUCGGUGUGUGCAUCGCGGAUGGACCUCCACUGGUACUUAUGGAGUUAGCAUUCUUUGGCGAUUUGUUGGGUUAUUUGCGUGCGCGUCGCCACCUAGUGGACGGAACAGCGUUAGAAGAAUCGGCGGAGAGUGAUGAGGCAGAGCACGUAUCUGCUGAAACUCUAACGCGACUAGCUCGCGAGGCCGCCGAGGCGUUGCAGUACUUAGAAGUCCGCGGCGUCGUACACCGCGACGUACGCGCUGCCAACUGCCUAGUGGAUAAGCGGCGCUCGCUUAAGCUUGCGGACUUCGGCAUGGCGCGGGAUACGGUGGCUGGAGCAGACGGUGCAUCCGAGUACUCGUGCCGGCGCAGGGGUCUAUUCCCCGUUCUAUGGAUGGCACCCGAAAGCCUCGCACACGGUGUCUUUUCGGCUGCAUCGGAUGUGUGGGGCUUCGGUGUGCUAGUGCUAGAGUUGGUGACCCUGGGUGCGAGACCUUACGGCGCCAUGUCUCCGCUUCGCGUGCUGGAGUACGUCGCGGCUGGAGGGUCUCCACCAUUACCACUGGAUGCCACGCAACAAACGCGCGGGCUGACGCAGCUGUGCUGGCAGCGUACGGCCGAGCGGCGGCCGAGUGCAGCGGAACUGGCGGCGUACUUGGCGGCGUGGCCGCGGGCGCUGCAUCCAGUGCUGACGGACGAGCGUGAUGCCGACAGCGGCUUUGGAGAGUCUCCGUCUACAGAGCUGCUACCUCCUGAGUCUCCAGCAGACACUCACGAUCAGCUCGAGGUCUUAGCUGCGACUCACUGA